GUUGGCAAUGAGCUAAUGAACAUGGCCACCCCAGCUCUUUCCCACUUUGAAUCUUCUUGUCUGGUACUCAAAUUUCCCACUACACCAGGACUAUCUUUACGAUUUCUAUUAGCCUGAUGGCUUCCCUGUCUUGCCUCUGCAGUUCUCCUCUGUUUCUUAAGAACGACGAAUCAAGACUGGCUAACAAAUCGUUAUUAGCCUAUACCAGAAAGGACCGGAUAACAACUUAUUGUCUUAAUAGUGUCGAAACUGACCCUUUUAGUCGACAUCCACAUAGCAUAAAGACAAAGAGAUGGAGUUUCAAAGGAGGAUCGAGGGUGAUCACUGGACCCAAUAUUCAAAGAUUUGCUUGUUACAGAAAAAGCUGUGGAGUUUAUGCUUUAUGGUUGACAAAUCCUCAAAUUGCAAGUAGUGCUUUCACCCUGGGAACUGCAGCUGUUCUCCCCUACUACACCCUUAUGGUUGUAGCUCCAAAAUCUGAGCUGACCAAAAAAUCUAUUGAAAGUGGCAUACCAUAUGUUGCGCUUGGUCUUUUGUAUGGUUACCUACUCUACCUCUCAUGGACACCUGAUACAAUGAAGAUGAUGUUUGCAAGUGAAUAUUGGCUCCCCGAGUUAUCUGGCAUAGCAAAGAUGUUCUCCAGUGAGAUGACACUAGCUUCUGCAUGGAUUCAUUUGUUAGCUGUAGAUCUCUUUGCUGCAAGGCAGGUUUAUCAAGAUGGACUGGAGAACAAGAUCGAGACUCGGCAUUCAAUUUCCCUCUGCUUACUUUUCUGUCCUAUAGGAAUUAUAUCUCAUGUAGUCACCAAAGCACUAACCAAAAGUACAGAGUAAUCCAGUAAGUAGCAAGAUUCACUUGUGCCUAAAGCAUGCUUUUCAUUUGACUACAGAAGUACAAUGUUUGUUACUGCAGAUUCCCUGGUUUUGCAUUUCACAAUUUUAGUCGGCUUUUCCAUGA